AAAAUAAAUUCUUAUUAGAAGCAGAUCCAAACCCCAAAACAAUUCUUAGAAGCAAUCACCUAAACCAAAAGACUCAACUUCAUUUCUUCCUACAAUCAACAGCGUAGGAAAUGGAGAGAGAAACCAAUAAAUUGUAUACUUCUCUUCAGUGUAAACUUUGUAGUAUUAAUACAUUUACACAACUACUGCUUUUAUUAUUAUUGCUUACUCCCACAACCCUUGCUUGGACUGGUGAAAUUCGUGGCAGAGUUGUUUGUGAUGUUUGUGGGGAUUCUUCUAUUGGCCCUGAAGAUCAUGUUCUUGAAGGGGCUGAAGUAGCUGUCCUGUGCAUAACUAAAUCUGGGGAGGUUGUGAACUAUCAGGCGUUCACCGAUUCCAAAGGAGUUUAUACAGUCGCAGAAACAAUGUCUGAAAGCGAACGUUGGGAUGCGUGCCUAGCACGACCAAUCAGCAGCUUUCAUGAGCAGUGUAGUCAUCUUAGGGAUGGCAGCUUGGGUGUCAAGUUCACAUAUAAGCGUCCUUCGGGUCGUGCUUACACUCUGAAGCCUUUUGUUUAUCGGUUUGCUAAUACCCCAAUGUAUUGCUAAGCUACUAAGUUACAUAGUGUAAUUUAGAGCCUGCCUGCUACACACAGAUUGAAGAUAAAUAAAUGAGUUGCUGCUUAAGUUAUUGUUUUACUACUAUAUGGUUGAAAUCAUCUGUAUGUGUGUGUAUAUGUUGGAUUAUAAUGGUACUUUGCUUAGGGAUAGUGGAGGUUGAACGUUGAAGUAUAUUAAUAUACUACUGUAAACAAUGACAAAAGCUGGAUUUUUUGUGUGUUGAUAUUUAAAGAUGGAUUUCCGAGUUUACGAUUA